CCUAGCAACCCACAAUCCACAGCAUCCGCUCCCCCCUCGUUUACCCACCGUUGUCCCGCAUCCUUUAAUCCCCUCCUCCCAAAACCCGCAUAACAAAAUCCGAGAGAUCCCCAAUAGAAAACAAAAAACGAAAAUGCCCCCUCAAACCAUCCUAAUAACAGGCGCGUCCUCAGGCCUCGGCCAUGCUUUUCUCACACACUACGCUUCACUCCCCACCACGCACACCAUCUAUGCUCUGGACAUUGCGCCCCUCCCUCUUCCCCAUCCCUCCGCAUCCCCAACAGCGGAAAUCCAUUUCCACACCGCGGACAUCACAUCGACGGCCUCGCUCCACACGGUCGUGGGGUCGAUAACAAACAAAACCGCGAGUCCGCAUAUCGAUUUGCUACUGCACUGCGCGGGGAUCCGGGGGCUUGUGCCUGGGGUGGUGAGUGCGCAGCGGGAAGAAGGGAGGCAGGAUGUAGCGGGUGCGGAGGCGAUGGGGGUUAUGGAUUACGAGACUAUGAUGAGGACGUUUGAGGUGAAUACGUGGGGGGCUUUCAACGUUGUUAGGAGUUUUUUGCCACUUCUUAGUAGUAGUGGUCGUGGUCGUGGGCUUUCUGUAGAUGGAGGAAGAGGGGAGGGGAGAGAACAGGCGAAGGUCGUUGUCAUGUCCUCGAGAAUGGGUUCGCUGAGCGCGAAUUCGACGGGAGGCGCGUAUGCGUACCGCGCGAGUAAAGCGGGGUUGAAUGCUGUGGUGAAGAGCUUCAGUGUGGACGUGGAGGAUGUUACGUUUUUGAUGGUGCAUCCGGGGCGAGUGGAGAGUGGGCUGGUGGAGUGGAAGGAAGAAGGGGCUAUGAGUGUUGAGGAGAGUUUGGGGACUUGUUUGAGGGUUGUGGAAGGGUGUGGAAGGGGGGAUAGUGGGAAGUUUUUUGAUCGAUUUGGGGAGGUGAUUGGAUGGUGA